CAAGGAUCCAGAUUGUUAGUCAACACGAGAUGACUGACUUCCUUGUCUGACCACGGGUACGGAGUAGAAGAGACCCAAUGAUCCGGGCCAAGGGGAAGGCUGUGUACAAAACACUUUUGUACAACGCCACCGGUGCAGCAGCUGAGAGGUACUCCGUACAGUACAAGCGUCCACUAACAAAAAUUCAAUGGCUGCAGGUCAGACCUCCACCCAAAAGGAGGGAGUCGCUGUUUUGACUUUAAAGUCAAUCUGGUGUAGGUACCUACCUAUGUACCUCUCCUAGUGAGGUUAGCAUGUGCUAACUAACUAAACUAAAAGGCCAACCCCUUGCUCCUCCUGCUGGGCCAACCCAAACCCAACAUAACGCCAACGCCUUCCCCUGUUCUGAUCCCUCUUUUUUUGCUCUGUUGAUUUCUUGUCUUGUCCACCUCUCGCUUCUGACUCUCGUUUGUUAUCUUUGAGAUCGAUCAAUUCCAGCGUUUUUGAGACUAGCAGCAGAUCGUCGUAGCCAUCGUUUCAUCGACCUUUUAUUGUUUCUCGCCUUUUGCUACUUCUCUACCUUCGCUAUACGCUUCGCCCUUGGUUCGCUCGUCGAUUUGGACACGCUUGGCAUCUUCAAGCCUACAUACAAACGAUCUACCCAUCUCUUGGAACAUAACCGAUCAAUAUCAACAACAUCAGCAUCGACACUCGGGACUCACUCAUCGGUUCAUCGCUAACCACAACCAACCACUGUGGCCGCUCUGAUUUUAUCUCGCUCGACCCCCUUUCGCUCUCAAACCCACCAAAGAUCCCAUCAUGCGUCCGGCCUCGAACCUCCUUCAGCUGGCUGUCUGCCUUUCCUCCGUUGCCCCUCUAGCGGCAGCAUGGCCUAGCUGGUUUCCUCCUGCUGAUUCAGUCGUUGUCCGACGCGUUGCACAUGAAGCCAUGCCACAGGAGACCGGCGUUAUCAAGGCUCGUCAAGACAAGACCGACGAUGAAGAGGCUUCGAGCACCCGAAAGAACACCGCCAAACAGACCAACUUGAACACCGCCAAAGUCGAGACAGGGACUGAGACCGGAACUGCAGACAACACAAAGACCGCUACCGAGACAGGCAAGAAGAAGUCUGGCACCAAAACUGGAACAUCUGCGCCCAAGCGCACAACCUUUUCUGCGGAUGUCCAGCCCGGUGGUGUGAGCAUGACACUUCCCGAUACCAUGUAUGUUCCCACACCUCUCUUCAAGAUUGGUGAUUACGCCACCUUUGGCUGGAACUACACCUCACUUGAGGGCACACCAACCGCCAUCGACGUCCUCGUCAGCCAGUCUUCCGCAGGCGAGACAUACACUCUCACUGCCAACAUGACUUUUGCGACCAACCCCACCUUCGUCUGGGACACCAGCAAGCAGGCCAACGACCCCGAUGCUCCCCUCGUGGUCGGCAUGUACACUCUCAUCAUCAAGGAUUCUGACUCGGCCGUUACCGACAUGCCCUCUCCUGGCUACCUGCAAGUGGAGAAGACCUUCCAGUUUGGCAUGUACACACCUGCGGCCUACACACCCUAUCCCCAGUGGAACUGUGAUAUCUGCAACAACUAGUCAAAGCAUCCAGUGCCAUUUCUGCUUUUUAUCUCUUUUUUUGCAACUGAUCUUUUGGAGUUUUUAUUGGGGGUGUUAUGGACAGGCAAGCAUCAGAAGGAGAAAUAUUGUUUAUUGUUUCAUUUUCAUCCGGAUAUUUCAUAGUUUGGUGAGGGCGUUGACAGACAGGUGUCGCUCUGAUGAAGUCACAUCGCAAGGACGGGGAGAACCCCAGUUUGGAUGCUUAUGAUUAAUCAAUCAGGUGGUCGAAAUGAGUUGAAAUCAUUCAAUGAUCUUAUCUACUAUAUACAUAUUAAUCUCAUCGGUCCUUGGUUACCGAUUACGGCGAGUUUGUCUUCAGAUAAUCAUAACCCCUGUCUUGAAUCUUGUAUCUCUGGUCGUCAAUUAAGGUUCUCAGAUGCGUUGAACCCCAUAAUAAGCUUAGCCCGCCUAUAGAAUCAGUUACAUGUGUGCUUCGAGUCUAUUUCCACAUAUCGUGGUAAACGUUGGUGGCUUCUAUCGCCUCCCAGGAACAAUGUUGAAAUUGGCGCAAACCUAGGGUGCACAUAAACUUAGACCAUACGCAACUGAAACCCUGCUCCCCUUUCUUCUUUAUCGCGCCCCUGAAAAAUGCCACUGAGGUCAGCAUCGCCCAGUGGUGCAGCCUGUCCACCGCGCACAGGCGCAUGAGGC